AUGUACAAGGACUGCAUCGAGUCCACUGGAGACUAUUUUCUUCUCUGUGAUGCCGAGGGGCCAUGGGCCAUCAUUCUGGAGUCCCUGGCAAUACUUGGCAUCGUGGUCACAAUUCUGCUACUCUUAGCAUUUCUCUUCCUCAUGCGAAAGAUCCAAGACUGCAGCCAGUGGAAUGUCCUCCCCACCCAGCUCCUCUUCCUCCUGAGUGUCCUGGGGCUCUUCGGACUCGCUUUUGCCUUCACCACCCAGCUCAAUGAACAAACUGCCCCCGUACGCUACUUUCUCUUUGGGGUUCUCUUUGCUCUCUGUUUCUCAUGCCUCUUAGCUCAUGCCUCCAACCUAGUGAAGCUGGUUCGGGGUUGUGUCUCCUUCUCCUGGACGACGAUUCUGUGCAUUGCUAUUGGUUGCAGUCUGUUGCAGGUCAUUAUUGCCAUUGAGUAUGUGACUCUCAUCAUGACCAGAGGUAUGAUGUUUGUGAAUAUGACACCCUGCCAGCUCAAUGUGGACUUUGUGGUGCUCCUGGUCUAUGUCCUCUUCCUGAUGGUCCUCACAUUCUUCGUCUCCAAAGCCACCUUCUGUGGCCCGUGUAAGAACUGGAAGCAGCAUGGAAGGCUCAUCUUUAUCACUGUGCUUUUCUCCAUCAUCAUCUGGGUGGUGUGGAUCUCCAUGCUCCUGAGAGGCAACCCGCAGUUCCAGCGACAGCCCCAGUGGGACGACCCGGUCGUCUGCAUCGCCCUGGUCACCAAUGCAUGGGUUUUCCUGCUGCUGUACAUCCUCCCUGAGCUCUGCAUUCUCUGCAGAUCGUGUAGGCAGGAGUGCCCUUUACAAGGCAAUGCCUGCCCCGUCACAGCCUACCAACACAGCUUCCAAGUGGAGAACCAGGAGCUCUCCAGAGCCCGAGACAGUGAUGGAGCUGAGGAGGAUGUAGCAUUAACUUCAUAUGGUACUCCCAUUCAGCCGCAGACUGUUGAUCCCACACAAGAGUGUUUCAUCCCACAGGCUCAACUAAGCCCCCAGCAAGAUGCAGGAGUAUAA